UGUAACAUUAUAGAGAACCAGUGAGGACGUUAUCAUGAUGAAACAAAACUUGGUUGAGUGCUCUAAAGGCUUAAAUGUUCCUUUGACACCAAUUAGUUUCCUAGAAAGAGCAGCCACUUUGUAUGGUGAUAAGGUUUCCAUCAUCUACAAUGAUCAUGUUAGAUUUUCUUGGAGAGAAACCUAUGAAAGAUGUCUCAAACUUGCUUCUGCUUUGGUCAACAUAGGAAUUUCUAAUGGUGAUAUUGUUGCAACAUUGGCACCAAAUAUUCCAGCACACUAUGAGCUUCAUUUUGGUGUACCUAUGGCAGGUGCUAUUAUUUCUGCACUCAACACAAAACUAGACUCAACAACAUUAGCAGCUAUAUUGGAACAAUUAGAGCAUUGCAAAAUCAUAUUUGUGGACUGUGAAUUUAUUGACUCUGCCCUCAAAGCAACAGAAAUAAUGUCCCAAAAAAAAUCCAAGCCACCCCUUAUUGUCCUAAUACAAGAUUAUGACCAAUUAGUGAAAGAUAUACCUCAAGGUACCUUAAUCUACAAUGAACUUCUUGAAAAGGGACAAUCAGAUUUUAACAUUUCAAUGCCAAGCAAUGAAUGUGAUCCUAUAUCAGUGAAUUAUACUUCAGGCUCAACAGGAAUUCCAAAAGGAGCUGUUUAUAGUCAUAGAAGUGUUUAUCUUAACUCACUUGCGACGAUUACUCGUUUCGAUGUCAAUCCUAUGCCGGUGUUUCUAUGGACAGUUGACAUGUUUAGAUGCAAUGGAUGGUGUUUCAUUUGGUCAAUGCCUGCUCUUGGUGGCACAAACAUUUGCCUAAGAAAUAAUUUUUCAGCAAAAGAUAUUUUUGAUGCAAUUCAUGUUCAUAAGGUAACACAUUUGUGUGGUGCACCUACCCUUUUGGAAAUUAUUGCAAAUUGUGACAUUAUUAAGCCUUUUUCACACAAGGUUUGUGUCACAGUUGCUGGUAUAUUACCAUCCUUCAAAAUUAUUAAUAAGGUGGCAGAACUUGGAUUUGAGGUGAAUAUUGGUUAUGGCAUGACUGAAGCAUUAGGUCCAGUUAUUGUAAGAAAGUGGAAACAAAAUUUUGAUGAUGAUGCUACAAAGCUAAAUUAUUUUGAACAAAAAGGGGUUAUAGAGUUUAUGGUGGUAGAAGUUGAUGUGAAAGAUCCAAAUUCAAUGAAGAGUGUUCCCUAUGAUGGAAAAACCAUAGGUGAAAUUAUGUUCAAAGGGAAUACUUUAAUGUUAGGGUAUCUUAAGAGUUCAAAAGUGAGUGAUGAAGCUUUUAGGGAUGGUUGGUAUAGGACUAGGGACCUUGGUGUUAAGUUACCUAAUGGUUCUUUCAAUUUGAAAGAUAGAGCAAAAGAUAUUAUUUAUUCUAAGGGUGAGUUUGUGAGUUCAUUAGAGGUGGAAGCUGUUUUGUUGAAUCAUCCAAUGGUUUUGAAAGCAGCUGUUGUGGGGAGAUAUGAUGAUGGGUCACCUUGUGCAAUUGUGAAAUUGAAAGAUGGAUAUAGUGCCAAUGUUGAAGAUAUUAUCAAGUUUUGUGAAGAUCAAUUGGAUGCUCAUAUGGUUCCUAAGAGUGUGGUGUUUGAUGAUUUGCCUCUUAAUUCAACUGGGAAGGUACAAAAGUUUGUUAUUAGAGAAAAGAUUAAAAGCAAUGGGUGGUCUGAGUCAAUUAAUUAGGAUUUGAAUUGCAUGCGAUCACAAAUUCCAUGUAUUCAUAGUCAGUAUAUCGAUGACUGUUGGACCAAAAUUGGACAGUCCAAAAUUCAAGCUCAGUAUCAUGGAGUUAAAAUCAAAAGUAUCUUGUCUUUUGCAUUGUCCAAUCUCAAUCCAACAAUCAUUGAUAUGUUAAAUGUGUGAAUUUGUGAGUGCUAUAAAUCCAAAUCAGUGGUUUGAAUGUAAUGUAAUAAUGUUAAACAAGCUCAUUUGAUGUUUUAUCGUAUAAACCCUAGAAGUUAUUACUUCCUAAAGACAUAAAAUCUAUGUAUUAUUAUUAUUAUUAUUAUUAUUAUUAUUAUUAUUAUUAUUAUUAUUUGUGUUGAAUGUUGCAAUUGAUUUGUCUUUUGUUUUUUU